CACAGACCCCAAAACUAAUAUAUACAAACACACAGAACUCAUAUAUAUGUAUAGAUAGAGAGAGAGAGAGGCAAACGUUCGCCUACUGAUCAUAACCAUGGCGGGUCCAAACUCACCAUAUUACUCCGCCACCUUCAAACCCACCUCCACCAACCCUCUGUGGCAAAAAUCCCGUAUCUACCAAUUGGCUAUUGUCAUUCUCCUCUUCUUUAUCUUCUACUUCCUCGGAGUUUGGCAGCACAGCGGCGCCGCCUCCACCACAACCUACAACCUCGGCACCACAAUUCCAUGCAUUCCCACCAAAAACGCCACCACCACUCACAUAUCAACCUCCACCGCCCCCUUAGAUUUUUCCGCCCACCACUCGGCGGCUGACGGCGGCGACUCGCUACCGGAUGGAACAGUCAAGACAUACCCACCAUGCAACUCCAAGUACAGGGAGUACACGCCGUGUGAGGACGCCAUCAGAUCGUUGAAGUUCGAGAGAGACAGGUUGAUUUACAGAGAGAGACACUGUCCGGAGAAGAGGGAACUAUUGAAGUGCCGUGUGCCCGCGCCGUACGGUUACAAAACCCCGUUCAAGUGGCCCAUGAGCAGGGAUCUGGCGUGGUACGCCAAUGUGCCCCACAAGGAAUUGACGGUGGAGAAAGCGGUUCAAAAUUGGAUCAGGUACGAGGGUAAACGGUUCAGAUUCCCCGGUGGUGGGACCAUGUUCCCCAACGGUGCCGAUGCUUAUAUUGAUGAUAUCGGCAAAUUGAUCAAUCUCAAAGAUGGGUCUAUUCGGACCGCCAUUGAUACUGGUUGUGGGGUUGCAAGUUGGGGAGCUUAUUUGCUGUCGCGAAACAUCUUGACAAUGUCUUUUGCGCCAAGAGACACUCAUGAAGGACAGGUGCAAUUCGCUCUUGAGCGAGGAGUUCCUGCUUUGAUCGGAGUUCUUGCCUCUAAGCGGCUUCCUUACCCAUCAAGAGCUUUUGACAUGGCUCAUUGUUCUCGCUGCCUCAUUCCCUGGGGUCAAUAUGAUGGUGUUUUGUUGAUGGAAGUUGAUCGAAUUCUACGGCCUGGUGGGUAUUGGAUCCUCUCUGGUCCACCAAUCCGUUGGAACAAGUACUGGAAUGGAUGGAACAGAACAAAGGAUGAUUUGAAUGAUGAACAGACUGUAAUUGAGAAUGUAGCUAAAAGCCUUUGCUGGAAAAAGAAGGUGGAGAAGGGUGAUAUUGCCAUUUGGCAGAAACCAACCAAUCAUGUACACUGCAAAAGUCGCCGAACAAUCGCCAAGAAUCCUUCAUUUUGCCCUGCCCAGGAUCCUGAUCAGGCCUGGUAUACAAAAAUGGAGACUUGCUUGACUCCUUUGCCUGAAGUUUCUGACUAUAAAGAAACUGCUGGUGGGGAAUUGGAGAAAUGGCCGAAGAGGUUGACUGCAGUACCACCAAGGAUUAUUAGAGGGACUGUGGAAGGAGUUACAGCCGAGGUUUUCCAACAAGAUUCGAUACUGUGGAAGAAGAGAGUGUCGUAUUAUAGAACUGUGAACAAUCAACUGGACCAAGCAGGAAGGUAUAGAAACGUUUUGGACAUGAAUGCAUACUUAGGUGGAUUCGCGGCUGCUCUGGUUAAUGAUCCGGUUUGGGUGAUGAACAUUGUUCCUGUUGAGGCGAAGGUCAACACUCUUGGUGCAAUUUAUGAACGCGGAUUGAUUGGAACUUAUCAGAACUGGUGUGAAGCAAUGUCUACUUAUCCAAGAACAUAUGAUCUAGUUCAUGCCAAUUCUGUGUUCACCCUCUACAAGGACAGAUGUGAAAUGGAGGAUAUUAUGCUAGAAAUUGAUAGGAUUCUAAGGCCGGAAGGAAGUGUGAUUUUCAGAGAUGAUGUGGAUGAGUUGGUGAAGAUCAAGAGGAUUGCAGAUGGAAUGAAUUGGGAGAGUCGGAUCGUUGAUCAUGAAGAUGGUCCUCUAGAGAGGGAGAAGCUUCUGUUUGCAGUGAAGUUGUAUUGGACGGCUCCGGCUGCCUCUGAUCAAGGAUCCGAAUCUUCUUAGAACUUUUAUUUAUUGACCCUCUUUUUUUCUAUUUGUUUUGUUGUAAUUUUCCUCUCUUUUUUCCAUGUUAGAUCUACUGAUUCUUUUGUCAUUUGUUUACAACCUAACUUGUGAAGCAAAAAUGAUUUUUCUGUGCAUUUAUAUAUUUAAUGUUUCUAAUAUAGCAGGUGUAUGUUCCAUGUAGUCAAAUCUUCAAUU